AACACUAUUGUUACAUGAUGGCGGAUUUCGGCGGCGGUGUCUGUACUGCCAAUACAAUAUUUCAUAAAAGCUAACAUUUUACAUGUUUAUGUGAGACAAUGUGACUGAAACAAUAUGUUUACUUCUUAUUUAUUAAAUCUCUAUUAGCAAAAAAUGUGUUACUUGCGUGUGUUUAGUUAUCAAUCGCGUAGUAAGCCUCUGCAGGCCCUUUGUUGAAUUGAACUCGUAUAGUGUUUUUUGUUAGUGAAAAUGGACUAUCGGACUGCUAUUUGUAGGCUUUGCCUAGUGACAGACGAACAUAUGUUUGCUAUAGGCGGGACACCUCUGCAGAUUGUGUACGAGAAGCUUACUAAUAUACAGUUCCUGGACGAUGCUAAGCCUGUUGUGGCAUGUCAGAUUUGCCACGCUCAGCUGAAGAAGUCUUGGAAGCUUAUGGUCACGUCUCUGAAAGCUGAUAAUGUAUUCACUGAUUACAUGAAAAACAAUACAAUGAUCGACGUGAAGACGUUCUCGCUCAUCGACCGCAGAGCAUACAGCCUGACUUACCCCCUUGUCUCCACUCUGGUGGAGCUCACCGACCGGCCCCCGGAGGAGUACAAGCUGGAAGUUAAGAAGGAGUCCGAAGUAACAUUCUUCCCGAUUAGCGAGACAGUGGUGUUGAUAGACAGCAAGACGGACGUCAACGUGCCAAAUGUGGAUCUCGAGUUUAUGAAGGAGGAAGUUGAAUGGAUGGACGAAUCGGCGGCAGUCGAUAAGGCGGACACCGAUACGGACGACGACAUACCUGUGAAGAGUCUUGUCCGGCGCGAGUCCAAGCGGCAGGGCAAGCGGCAGCCGGCCAAGCGGACGCAAACCAAGCGGUUACAGGCCAAGCGGACGCAAGCCAAGCGGCAGCCGGCCAAACGCAAGCCCAAACCUAAGGAGGUCACGUUUAUCGAGCCGCCCAAAGAGGAAGAAAUAAAAGAAGAAGAGAAUCAAGAAGAACUGAAGGAAGAAGAACCGGAACUGAAAGACGACGGCCACCAAGAGGACGAUGAUGAUUCAGACUACGAGCCCCCGCUGAUCACUGACGAAGGCGAAGAAGACAUCAAACCGGAGGCGAAGCCACGAAAACGUGUUCCCUCGACAUCGCUACCGAAUACUCAACAACUAGAAGAAACAACAACAGCAAACAAACGCCUUAAGUCUCUAGAAUGUGUAAGAUUAGAGAAUGGCCGCUAUUACGAAUGCCAAUUUUGUCAAAAAAGAAUUGUCGAGGAAAAAAAGAUGCGCAAACAUUUACGCGAGCAUAAACCUUUCGAAUGCGCAGUUUGUAACAAGAAAUUCUUUAGAAAGACUUAUUUACAAAAACAUUUUAUUUCUCACACUGGCGUGAAAGCAUACGAAUGUAAUGUUUGCAACCGUAAAUUUAGUCAUAAGAGCACUUUGAAUAUCCAUCAAAAAAUACACUCAGGCGAGAAACCACACGAAUGUCACGUCUGUCAUCACAGAUUUUUAACUAAAGGCAACUUGACAAAACAUCUAACGCGACACACCGGUGAGAAACCUUACGAGUGUGAGGUUUGUCAUCGCAGGUUUAGAGAGAAACACCCGUUCACGGUACACAUGAGAACGCACACUGGCGAAAAGUCACAUCUAUGUAAUUUUUGCGGCAAAAAGUUCGGCGGCAAUAACCAAUUACAACGUCAUCUGUUGAAACAUACUGGACAGGAAUAUAAAUGUACACUCUGUCCGCGUAGGUUCUAUGUAAAGCGAACGUUUGAAACCCAUUUGAAAUCGCAUAGUAUGGAGAAGCCCCACAAAUGUACUAUAUGUCAACGCGGAUUCAAUAUAAAACAGCAUUUAGAAGCUCACGUUAGGACACAUACUGGUGAGAAACCUUUCGAAUGUAACAUUUGUCAGUAUAGGUGUUCCACUAAAGGUAAUUUGACAAUACAUCUUAGAAAGCAUACUGGAGGAAAGCCGUUUGAGUGUCACAUUUGUCACCUUCGAUUUACUCAAAAAGGGAAUUUGAAAAAUCAUUUAACGAUUCACACUGGCGAGAAACCAUAUGAAUGUGAGUAUUGCCAUCGUAGGUUUAGGGAGAAGCAUCCGUUUGUUCUUCAUAUAAGAACGCACACUGGUGAGAAACCUUUCCAGUGUAAUGUUUGUUACUUGAGUUUCAGUGCGAAAAAUCAAUUGAAGAGACAUAUGAUGAAACAUACAGACGCGUGUGACGUAUGUCAUCGUCGUUUCGUUUCUAAGCAAACCUUAGAAAUUCACUUAAAAACCCAUAUUAGAGGUAAUGAGGCCUUAGUUAUUUAAUUUUUACUGAGAAAUAUAUGAGACUAUACCAAGCUUAGAUAUUUGAUUAAAUGUUGACAAUCUUGACAUUUCUUUAUUGAAAUAUGCAGUUUACAAAUCAAAAUAUAAUUUAAAAAUCGAUGUAUAAAUCAUUCAGUCAAUUUUAUAAUUUUCUUUAUAACAAGAUAAAUAUGCAAUGUGCAGAAGUACUGUCUUAGUGUUUAUUUCAAUAAAAUAUAAAUCAACAUAGUAUAUAUUUUUGAGUACCUAAACAAAUUAGGUAUUCUAAAUAGAAUAUUUAGUAAACAGUAACACAUAACGGCAAAUAUUAGAAUUACUUAUAUUAGUAAGAGAAAUUAGAUUAGUAAAAUAGUUUAGAUCAUCAAUGCAGCAGUACCCUGAUCGGUCAAUAGAAUUUUGGCAAAUCACAUUUUGAUACGUAUUAAUUUUAUAUAUCAAUUACAUAAUUUACAUCUAUUUCUCACGAAAAACUAUCAGAAUACAAUAAAUUAUCAGCUUCAACAUUCAUUUCACAAGUACUUAUAAAAUAUCACGUCUUUGUUCCUAACGGUGUAGACAGAGUCAACGGUCGCGAAAUUCGAAUGGUGGUACUGAGAAUAAGCUGUUAAGUAUUAAGGGUAUGCUCGGUCUGUCAUAUCGGUUAAACAUUCUCAAUUGAGUAUUAAAUAAAUUAUAUUUUAUACGUGUUGUUCGGCAAUUAUAUACACCAUACAUUUUUAAUUAUGCCAAAAUAUAAAAUUGGGCUAUUAAUACCUAUUACUUAUAAUAUGUGCAUAGUCAUUCAAAACAUAAAAAAUCGAAAUCCAUAAUUAUUAUUGGUUGUAAUUCUUAGAGUGGGCCACCUGACUACUACGCUUCAUAGUAAAGGUAGGUUCAGUGCAGCGGUUCACACAAAGUCGAUUUUCAUUGAUAAAUUUUGACAAUUCUUUUUUAUUUAUUUGUUUUUUUGCCUAUGCCGGGGUCAUUGCACGCGAGAGCGAGAGAACACGAUAAACUGUGAAUUGGAAUGAUUGGAGUUUCAAACUACAGCCAUAAUGAUAUUUUGGGAUAAAUGCAAACCUCAAUUACUUUGGUGAUAAACGAUAAUAUUAAUUCUUCUUUCUCUUUCUUUCUUUAAUAUAAAGCCUUUAAUUUGUUUGUCAUAAUUCAAAAUUUAUGGUGUAUAGUCGAUAAAUCAAUAUUUUUCUAGUGUAGAUAUGGCAGCUUAAAUAACAAUAGAUGCUUAUGGCGAGAUUUGUCAUAGAUCUGAUUUUUAUAUAAAUAUAAAAUCGAAUUGGAGAUCAUGGAAAUAAAUUUACUUGUAGUACUUUUUUAUGCACUGAGAAAACAAAAGAAAUCAUUGUAUUUUCAUCAUUUUUAUUAUUAAUAUUUAAAUUAUUACUUGAAGCUAUUUCUGCGCAAUAAAAUUAAUAUAAAAUAGAA